AUGAUGGCCAUGAACGCCAAGCAGCCGUUCACUAUGCACGCCGCCCUCCAGGAGCCCAAGUACUCCAGCUUGCACUCCAGUUCAGAGGCGAUGCGCAGAGUUUGCCUUCCAGCCCCGCAGCUCCAGGGCAAUAUAUUUGGAAGCUUUGAUGAGAGUCUGCUGGCCCGUGCAGAAGCUCUGGCGGCUGUUGAUAUUGUCUCCCACGGCAAGAGCCAUCCUUUCAAGCCCGACGCGACCUACCAUACCAUGAGCAGUGUCCCAUGCACGUCUACCUCCUCCACAGUGCCCAUCUCGCAUCCCUCGGCCCUCACCUCGCACCCGCACCACUCCGUGCACCAAGGCUUGGAUGGAGACCUCCUGGACCACAUUUCCCCCACGCUGACCGUGAGCGGCAUGGGGGCCCCCGACCACACGGUGAUGUCCGCCCAGAUCCACCCGCACCACCUGGGAGCCAUGGGGCACCUGCACCAAGCCAUGGGCAUGGGGCACCCCCACCCGGUCUCGACCCACAACGGCAUGCCCUGCAUCAACGACGUGGAGUCGGAUCCCAGGGAGCUGGAGGCUUUCGCCGAGCGGUUCCAGCAGCGGAGGAUCAAGCUGGGGGUGACCCAGGCGGACGUGGGGGCGGCCCUGGCCAACCUCAAGAUCCCGGGCGUGGGCUCGCUCAGCCAGAGCACGAUCUGCAGGUUCGAGUCCCUCACCCUGUCCCACAACAACAUGAUCGCCCUGAAGCCCGUGCUGCAAGCCUGGCUGGAGGAGGCUGAAGCUGCCUACCGGGAGAAAAACACCAAGCCCGAGCUGUUCAACGGCAGCGAGAGGAAGCGCAAGCGGACCUCCAUCGCCGCCCCGGAGAAGCGCUCCUUGGAAGCCUACUUUGCCAUCCAGCCCCGACCCUCGUCCGAGAAGAUCGCGGCCAUCGCAGAGAAACUGGACCUGAAAAAAAACGUGGUGCGGGUUUGGUUCUGCAACCAGAGACAGAAACAGAAGCGCAUGAAGUACUCGGCGGUGCACUGACUGGCCCGGGGCGAGGGGCCGGGGCAGGGCUGGACUCUUGUGCACUG